GCGGUCCCAUGCAGCCAGUAGCGCACUGAGCGACCUGAGGAAUUCAACAGGUACCUAUAGACAUUUCUGAGCUGAGUGUCUUCCAGCGUGAAUGUACAGUCUGAAAGACAACCGACUGCCUGCACUCAUUUUGUGUGAUGGAUGGAAUCAAAGGCUCCCUGGAUUGGAUAAGUGUCACUCUGCAGUAAGCUCGAGGAGUUCUGACAUCUGGAAUAUUGCACCUGGGAGAUAGUUUGGCGGAAUUUAAAGGCAAUAAAAACAUUCUUCAUUCAGCAGCAGCAUUUGCCCCAUCAUGAAGAGGUCUCUUCCUUUCCGGGGAUGGGUUAGAGCUGCAAGCUUGGUCCUGUGUUUGACCCAGACUGUCCUGGCUAUGGUCCUCACCAACUCCACAAGACUGGAGUCCAUCCUGGACAAGUACAGGGAUAAGGCUGAGGAAUGGUGGAGGGCCAGGUCGAGAGGAAAGAGGGCCAUCAGCGAGGGAGACAUGCACCUCAUUCUAGACUUGCACAACAAGCUGCGGGGUCAGGUCCACCCUCCUGCUUCCAACAUGGAGUACAUGGUAUGGGAUUAUGAGUUAGAGAGGAGCGCAGAGCACUGGGCACAUACAUGCCGAUGGGAACAUGGACCGAGCCACAUGUUAACACAAAUAGGCCAAAACCUUGGAGCGCACUGGGGCAGGGAUCGCCCCCCUACCUACCAUGUCCAGGCCUGGUAUGACGAAGUGAGGUACUACAGCUAUCCAUACUCUCAGGAGUGUAACCCACACUGCCCAUUCAGAUGUUCAGGACCAGUCUGUACUCACUACACUCAGUUGGUGUGGGCGACUAGCAAUCGUAUUGGCUGUGCUAUCAAUGUGUGUUACAACAUGAACGUGUGGGGAAUGAUCUGGGCUAAAGCUGUCUAUCUGGUCUGCAACUACUCUCCACCGGGCAACUGGUGGGGUCAUGCGCCGUACAAAUAUGGAACUCCCUGUUCUGCCUGUCCAGCUAGCUAUGGCGGAGGCUGCAGGGACAAUCUCUGCUACAAAGAUGGGGGUGUUGACAGGCGACCAGCUCCUGAGAUUGAGGAGACCAACUACAUUGAACCUGAAACGGAACCAGUAAGGGACAGGCAGCCCCAACCAAGGGCCCAGACACCAAAACCCUCGCCCAAUGAAAACCUAGAGAGAAACCGAGUCAGCACAGAGCAGAUGUGCCAACAGGUCAAUUGUGAGACUAAGCUGAGAGAUCAGUGCAAGGGAACAACCUGUAACAGAUAUGAGUGUCCACCUGGCUGCCUUGACAGCCCUGGAAAAGUAGUUGGGACUGGAUAUUAUGACAUGCAAUCCAGUGUGUGUGGAGCUGCAUUACACUUUGGUGUUAUUGACAAUGAUGGAGGAUGGCUGGAUGUAACCAGACUGGGCAGGAAACAACAUUUCACCAAGUCUUACAAGAAUGGUAUUCAAUCAAUUGGGAAAAACAGGAGCGCAAAUUCCUUCAAAGUAGAGUCUGUGCCUGUCAAGGCAGUAACAUGCGAUACCAGCGUGGCGCUUUUCUGCCCUUUCAAGAAACCUGUACGACACUGUCCCAGGUUGUAUUGUCCCAGGAACUGUCUACGUGACAGUCAAGCCCGAGUCAUUGGGACAAACUACUUCUCAGAUAAAUCCAGUAUCUGCCGAGCAGCUAUUCAUGCUGGAGUGAUCCAGAAUGAGUCAGGAGGGUACCUUGAUGUGAUGCCUGUGGACAAAAGGAAGCAGUACAGUGGCAGUUAUCAGAAUGGCAUCACCUCAGAGAGCCUUCUGAACCCAACAGGUGGAAAAGCCUUCAGAGUGUUUGCAGUCAUCUGAAAAACCACUCUCAAAGGACAGAGUACCAUCAAACAUGGCCACUUCACGUCCAGCGAACCCACUCAUUACCAUCUUACAACCAAUAAUUACGUUCAUUCCUGCAGUAAAUAAUUCAACCUUACAGCGUCUGACCCUAAAAGUGUAACAUGACUUUAUUCAAGGCUCCCCCUCUAAGUUUGGUCAUGAGUGUGUCCAAUAAUAGCUUAAGGAUUUUUGGUGAAUGAUGAUCUCAGAUGUCCUUUACCUAAAUUUCUACAACUGACCAUAAUAAUCAAUUUGGGCUGCGAUGCAUUUUUUGCUGCCAUGAUUUCAUGACAUCAUGUUUUUUAAUACUUAAAAGUUAAAUAUACACCACCAGAUGUAGCACCACUCCAAAUGCUUCCCACAAUUUCAAAACUCUAAGGUUAAACUGUCAUAUCAAAGGUUUUACCAAAGUAAUUUAAGAUAUAGGAUGCAUCAGUUAGCACUUAGAGAUACACCAGUUAAAUAAGGAGCAGUCAGAUACAGAGUCAUAAAAUAUGUUUAUACAUUUUGUGGGACUAUUAUUUGGUCAGACAGAUCAAGCUUAAAUUAUCUCCGUGGGCAUUUGUUGCCCAUCACACUUGUUUAAUACACUGUCUUGUAUAUUGCUAUGGAGGACCAAACCAGACGUAAAAUCACAAUUAUCUUUCAACAACCAGGAUUUCAUUUUCUAUUAGCAGAAUUUAUUAUUUCACUGGGAUUGUUUUCAUGCGUGUGAUCUGACCUUGUCUGCAGUACGUAAAACUAUAUAUUUUCUCACGAUUAUACAAACUAAGGAGGCUUCAACCCGUCCCAGAUUAGAUUUUUGGUCUGGUUUGGGCCUCCAUAUAUCACUUCUUUUCAUUAUAGUGGUAAUAUACAGUAUAGCAAAAAUGCAGGCAGUAAAAUAUAGAUUGUAUAUUUUUGUACAUAAAAAUAUUGUAAAUAAUAUUGAACACUAUAUAACUGCUAUAAAAUGCUUGCUACUGUUGCCUUUUUAAUUUACAUUUCUAACACGCUGCCAGCCAUACAAAGUCAAACAAGCAAUAAGCAGUAGAUGCUGAAACUAAUUCUGCACGAAAGACAUUUAUUUGUCACUCAAGCUUUAAUUUUUAUAAGGGACAAAUUCCACCAUAAUUUUAGUAUAUUAAUUUUUUUGUAAAUAUUGUGUAUGUAACAUAUUGUUUUAUUUUAUGCUGCAUUUCCCAGCUUUUGUUUAUAGAUUUAUAUAAAUGGAUCCUGGCUGGCCAGGAAUGUGCAUGGCAUGAAUCACAAUUAAAAUACUUCAGUUGUUUCAUUUUUGUGUUCUUUUUUGUAUUCUUAUUGUAUCAAAAAGUAAUUUUAAUAAAAUCAAUAAACUAUA